AUGUUCGUCGCGAAAAACCCAGUCCAAUUCUCCAAAGUAUAUGCCAGGCCAUUCUCUGCAUCCGCUUUUGCUCGCCUAGCUAUUCCUGCCACCCAAAAGGCGGUGGUGUUCGAUACCAACGGCGGUCCCUUGGUUUAUAAGGAUAUUCCGGUGCCAAAGCCUAAACCAAACGAAAUUUUGGUCAACGUAAAAUAUUCUGGGGUGUGUCAUACUGACUUGCACGCUUGGAAAGGUGAUUGGCCAUUGGCAACCAAGUUACCAUUGGUUGGAGGUCACGAAGGGGCUGGUGAAGUGGUGGCAGUUGGGGAUGCGGUCACCCAUUUCAAAGUUGGUGAUUUGGCCGGGAUCAAAUGGUUGAAUGGCUCGUGUCAAUCAUGUGAAUAUUGUGAAUCUGGGUUUGAAUCAAACUGUGCUCAUGCAGAUUUGUCAGGUUACACUCACGAUGGGUCAUUCCAACAAUAUGCCACUGCCGAUGCAGUUCAAGCAGCAAAGAUCCCAAAGGGUACUGAUUUGGCAGGGGUAGCCCCAAUUUUGUGUGCUGGGGUCACGGUUUACAAAGCAUUGAAAUCGGCAGAGCUUCAUCAAGGUCAAUGGGUCGCCAUCAGUGGUGCGUCUGGUGGGUUGGGGACCCUUGCAGUCCAGUACGCUAAAGCCAUGGGGUACAGAGUCCUUGGUAUCGAUGGUGGUUCCGAAGAAAAAAGAACCAAAGUCUUGGAAUUGGGGGCCGAAAAGUAUGUUGAUUUCACCAAGACUGAUGAUCUUGUUGCUGCUGUUCAAGAAGCUACUAAUGGUGGUCCACACGGUGUCAUUAAUGUUUCUGUUUCUCCAAAGGCUAUGAAUACCUCGGUUGAAUACGUUAGGCCACAAGGUAAGGUUGUGCUUGUUGGUUUGCCUGCUGAUGCGGUGGUGCAUACCGAUGUUUUUACUCAUGUUGUCAAAUCGAUCAAGAUUAUUGGCUCUUAUGUUGGUAAUAGAGCCGAUACUAGAGAAGCCAUUGAUUUUUUCAACAGAGGGUUGGUUGCUUCGCCAAUUAAGAUUGUUGGUUUGAGCGAGUUGGCUGACGUUUACAAGUUGAUGGAGCAAGGAAAGAUUGUCGGUAGAUAUGUUUUGGAUAAUUACAAAUGA